AUGCCAACUCAAGGAAAAAGCAGCAAAAUGCUGCAACACAUCAAUUAUCGUAUGCGAUGUACGUUACAAGAUGGACGACAACUUGUGGGAACAUUCAAGGCGUUCGAUAAACAUAUGAAUCUCAUCCUAGCUGACUGUGAAGAAUUCCGUAAAGUACGAAGUAAAACUGACAAGAGUGAACGUGAAGAACAACGACCAUUAGGUUUAAUUCUAUUACGUGGUGAACAUUUAGUCUCAAUGACGGUCGAAGGACCGCCACCAAAAGAAGAAGUUGGUAUUGCUCGUGUACCAACCAGUGCAGCUGCAGCACAAGGUGCUGGUCGUGCAGCAGGACGAGGAGUCAUCCCGCCUAUGCCUGGUGCCCCUGGCUUUGCAGCUCCCGGUCUUCAAGGACCAGUGCGUGGUGUUGGUGGACCUGGUUUCAACCAAAUGGUGCCUCCUGGUCGUGGCAUGCCAGCUCAAAUGAGAAUGCCACCACCUCCUAUGGGGAUGCGUCCACCAGGCAUGUAA